AUGGAGGAGAGAAAUGAUAGUGAAAAAGUAGAAGAGGUAAUGUUGCCAGGGUUUCGUUUUCAUCCAACCGAUGAAGAACUUGUUGGGUUUUACCUAAAGAGAAAGAUUCAACAAAGACCUCUUCUUAUUGAACUCAUCAAGCAAAUUGACAUUUACAAAUAUGAUCCAUGGGAUCUCCCAAAGUUGGGUGGCAGUGGAGAAAAAGAGUGGUAUUUCUACUGCCCAAGAGAUAGAAAAUAUAGGAACAGUGCAAGGCCAAACCGAGUAACUGGAGCUGGGUUUUGGAAGGCCACAGGAACUGACCGCCCCAUUUACUCUUCUGAUGGAACCAAAUGCAUUGGCCUCAAGAAAUCACUUGUCUUCUAUAAGGGAAGAGCUGCUAAAGGUGUCAAAACUGACUGGAUGAUGCAUGAAUUUCGUCUACCUUCUCUCAAUGAUCCACCUCCAACUAAAAGACUCAUUGAUAAAACCAUCACUCCCAAUGAUUCAUGGGCAAUUUGCAGGAUAUUCAAGAAAACCAACUCCACAGCUCAAAGAGCUUUAUCUCUUUCUUCUAAUAAUAUGAUCCCACCACUAUUAUCUGAAACCAACACAUCUGAUGAUAAUCAUAAUGCUUAUAAUAAUUUCCCCACAAAAUUUCCCAAUUUGCCCUCCUUUGAAACCCAUCAAUAUUCUUCCAUUUCCAAUAUUUCUUACCCUAAUUUUGACUUUGUUGCCUCAUGUAAGCCAUUCAACACUCAAAUAAUUACCAAUAAUAAAUCAUUCUCUCAUCUUCCAAUUUUGGCUGAACCACCACCAGUAGCACCACCACCACCCAACACCACAGACCAAGAAAAAUGUAGAGUGGAUCUUUCUUCUAUUUUGCUAAACAUGUCAUCAUCAGUGUUUGGAGAUUUUGGAAUAAUGAAGCCCAAUGAUACCUUAGAUUUGCAUGCACAACAACAACAGUUUAUAAACAAUUAUCCACAAACAUUUUCACAUGAUCAAAUGCAAGCAACUACUGGUGACCAGUUUGUUGGGGCCAUAAGAUCCAAUAAUGUUGGAUCCUGUCCUUUGAGUAUAAGUGAUUUGGGGAAGCAAAGUUUUAUAUGGGAUUCUUCUUCUUCAUGUCCCAGUGAAGUUUCCACAAGUUUGUCCACAACUAAUUGCUACACUUGA